AUGCCUGAGAAGUGGAUCAGCGAAGUCAUGAAGGGUCUCAAGCAGUUUUUCUAUCAAGGUUCUCUUCAUGGAGUCAAAUAUAUCUUCGAGCCUUCAUUCGGCAGCAAAGAGAAAGCUACAUGGGUCAUCAUAAUGUUCAUCAGCAUCUUCAUCUGCGCCGUGGUGAUCAUCCAACUGUUCUGCAAGUGGACCUCCACUCCUUUCGUCAAUGUUAUAGACUCCAUGCCAACUCCUAUAUGGGCUGUUCCCUUUCCAACUGUCGUGAUAUGCCCUCAUCUUCAUGUGAAGAUGUCUUAUGCUAAUGUUACGGAGCUUGAGGGAUUGCAGGAAUUCUUCGCUGCGAUGGUUUGUCCAAGGAUGACGAACGAGAUAAAGUAUCGGGAGACCCGUUUAGAUGACUCCCAGUUUCAUAUGCUUACUGAAUUUGUCGUAAAGGUAUCGAUUUUUUAA